UCCCGGACACAAAUCGGUGCACACAUAUCGUCGACCUGACUUUUAUCGAUGCAGCCAACCAUUCAAAUUUUAAAUACGGUGUACAAUUUACAAUGCGCAUCACGUAGGCAAUUUGAUUAAUUUCCGUCUAGAAUAAACCAAUUACGAAAAUAUACCAGUGUGGAACUUUUACCAUCAAUGAAUAAAUCCUUCCGGACACAAAUAUUUGAUGCACACGUUGUCCACUGUACCUUCGAUCGAAGUCAGCGAAUCGUCCCAACGUUCCCCGUCAAUUUCUCAUGCUUUAAUUAUUCAUUUUCGUUUUCCAGGGUAUCCUAUAUGGUCUACAGUGUGGCUCACAGACGUGCAUAAAGGGUUUGAAAUAAUCCAAGGACAACCUGACCCGCGUAAUCCCGUGUCAUACGGCAACGGAAUGUAAACUGUCCACAUCUCUAACACCAUGUCCAGCAUCCUUCGAUUUCCUUCGAUGAGGCUUCUGCGUUGCCUCCACCCCCAGCACCUUCUCCAUCCUGUGCUCAGUCGAAGUGUGACCCAGAGCGAGUACAGACGUCCAGGCAAGCCCAGAGAAGACAAGCCUCCAUGGCAGAAAAUCAACUUCAGCUUCUCCAAAGGCUUGGACGGCAUCCGUAAACAUCUGACGCUGCUGAAAAAGGAGUUCUUGGAACGCUGGGUGGGCCCCGAGGGGAAACCCAUCUUGGAACACAUGCUGGAGCAGAACCGAGUAGUUUGGGAGUUCCGGGGGCUUGAGAGCCUGGAGCAGUGGACCGUGUCGUCUGAUUUUGAGAUAGGAGGCCAGAGUGAGGCUUACUUAAAGCUUGGGAGAAACAACACCACGUGUUUACUCUAUGGGACGCUGAGAUCGACGCCCCCGAAGGACGGAGAGACGCGCUACAGUGGCUACUGCAGCAUGCGCUCUAAGCAACCGCUGGCAUCAUUUGACCGAAAGCUGCACCACGACUGGACCAGCUUCAACACGCUGCAUCUGCGCGUGCGCGGCGACGGCCGGCCGUGGAUGAUCAACAUCGCCGCAGAGACCUACUUCUCUCACCAGAAAGAUGAUAUUUAUAGCUACUUCCUGUACACCAGAGGGGGGCCCUACUGGCAGGAGGUCAAGAUUCCAUUUUCAAAAUUUUUCCUCGCACAUCGUGGAAGAGUUCAGGAUGAUCAGCAUCCUCUCUGGUUGGACAAGAUUAACACUAUCGGAUUUACCCUGGGAGACAAAGCGGACGGUCCCUUCCGGCUGGAGAUCGACUUCAUUGGCGUGAUCAAAGACUAUGCGCACACGGAGGAGUUUGCCUACGAGCUGUAUAAGAGGAAUCCGGAAGUUUGACAUUGUGUCGAUUGUUAUUUGGUUACAUUUUCAUAAUGGUAACUUAGCAUUUCCUGUGUUCAGCGCUCGGGACAAUAAACUGUAAUACAGA